UAAAGAAUUAUAAAAUCUACAAAUAUUAUUAAACAAACAAAUAGGUAAUAAUAAUAGAAAUUAUCAAAAUUAUCAAUAGUUAUCACUAUUGAUUCACUAUUUUAUAUGUAUAAUGACACUAUGCAGUUCUUAGAAAAACUGUACGUGCCACUUAACAAUUUUGCGCGAAACGUGCUACUAAACAUUUUUGCGCAAAACGUGCCACUUAACAAUUUUUCAAAAUCCGUGCUUUUAUUCUAAAUCAUCCCCAAUAAAGCAAUGGAUUGAAUAGUAUAUAAACCCCAUCUCUGAUCAGAGAAGAUGUCAAAAGUUCCAGUGUAUAUCUCCGUGAUUAAUCUCAUUGUAGAGCGACCCUUCAGUUAAUUUCACGAAAUUUAUUGUAAACUUUUCAUAAAAGUACAAGUUUUGUUAAGGUUUCAAUUAGAACAAAUUCUUUCCUGAAAAGGUGCAAGAGAAGCAAAUUUAAUACUUAGAACAAAGUUCUUUCCUAAAAAGGUGCAAUUUAAAUUUCUUUUCACUUAGAAUAGAUUCUUUCCUAAAAGGUGCAAGAAACAAAAACUAAAUAAUUACAUUAAAUAAUUUCAUUGAUUUUACUGUCGUAUUUUGUGAUAUAAAAUAUUUAACAAUUAAAAGUCUAUAAGUUGCUUCUCUUUCACAUUUUAAAGGAAUUCUUUCAAUGUAGGUGUGAAUAACGUGAGAUGAUAAAUUUAAAGCCUGAAAGUUGAAUAUUAUAUCAUCAUAAAGAAACAUUAAUAGUUGUGUGUGUUACACAAGUGUGAUUCCACAAACUGUGUUUUCAUUAUUGAAACAGAACCAGAAAUAAAUCUUAUACGACGACUCAGCAUUUCCAUUGAAAUCCGAAUACAAGCGUAGAAAUGUUGGAGACAAUCCUAUUUACACCACCAUUACAAGAAGAAAUCAUAGAGAGUUUUAAAUUCCCAAAAGGGGAUAUUGCAGAAAUUAACUAUCCAAAAGGAAUUCUAGAAGAAAUAACGGCGGAAUACAAUAUCGACAAACCAAAUUAUUCAGUAAUAAUACAAACCGGCCCUAAAUUUAAUAAGUUAUGGCAAGUUAAAUGUACGGUUACGGAUACAAAACAUGGCAAUGUAUUUACGGCAAUAAGCGACGAAAAUAGAACCAUUAGAGAAUCCGAACAUUGUGCAGCAUUGAAAAUUUUGAAAGAAUUAAAUAGAGUCUAUUAUUUUAGUGAGGAGGAAAAACAGAAAAAUAUUAAGGGUAGAGUCCACGUAAUGGCCAUUAAUGAACCUAAUAAAAUUAAAUUAAAAAUGUUUAAAUGGGAAAACUGUUGCGAAUAUUGUUAUAAAAGAGGCCAUACAAAAAACAAUUGCCAUGGCAUCAUUAGAAAUAAGAAAAUCCAGAAACAGGAAGAAAAAGAAAUAAAUAAUUCUGUGGAAUCAAUAGAUUCUGAUGAAUUUUGGAACCUACCAGGUCCCUCAGUAACAUGGGAAUAAAUAAUAACAAUAAAAUUAAGAAAAAUAAAACUUCUAUCAAUUUUGAAAUAAAAAUGUAUAAUUACACAUCUUAUAAAUAAGUAAAAUUAAAGAUAAAUCAUUAUAUUUUAUAAAAUAAAAUAUAAAUAAUAAUAAUAAUAUAAAUAAUUAUAAAUAUAAUAAUUAUUUCAUAAUAAUCCUAAAAUAUAAUAAAUAACUAGAAUAUAAUAAAAUAAAUCUCAAUAUGAAGACACCUUUAAAUUAGUAUUGCAGAAUCACCGCAAAACCUAAAGGCGAGAAUGAAAGCUUAAGGCUGCCAUUUGCGUGAAGUUAACCGCAAAUG